AUGGCCAGCACCUGCCUACCCCGCCUUCCAGACGAGUUGUUCAUCCAAGUCCUCCAAAGCGUCGACGACCCAUUCGUGCUCUGGGUUACAUGCCGUCAAGUAUCGCAAGCCUGGAGAAAAGAGGCCGAGCGCGCAUUUCGAGCGACCUUUCUUCCCAUCCUUCACAUCGAGUGGACCCACAUUCAAUUUGGUCGGAUAGAGAAAAACCUCAUCGCUACCACAGACGAACGUUUCAUUGACCCACAAUCUUCAACGCUUUCUCUCCUUCUGCUUCCAGGCCAGCCGCGUCCGGAGGAACGGUCUACCCUGUGGCAAGAUACAGCCUCAUGUGGGAAGUUGGAGCACGAUGCCACAUGGAUCAAAGCGUACGGUGACGUAGCUAUGUGGACAGCUGGCUAUGGCUUUGAAGAGCUUGUACAGGCCAUCUGGUUUGAUGCGCCUGAUGGACGGUAUACUUUCGUCGGUGGUGCGGAAACGCGUGCUUUCGACCUCAAGUUUCCUGCACUCGAGCAAGACGGGCGUUUCAGCUGCCGAGUCACAUGCGACUGGAAAGCGUUGAUGAAUGCGCUGUUCAUUGAGGAGAGAUAUGUACGGCGGCACCAGGAUCCAGGUCCAUCUUUUUACGAGAUUGCGGAGGAAGGCAUACGCGCGAAUUUGGUCAAGGCUGAGCAUGGUGUCAUCACCAGGACUACUACAUCGGACCCAGAUGCGUGGGAAAAGGCUAUUGCGUGUGAGAAGGAGCGAUACGAAGUGGAACUCAGGAGGCUUUUGGGGACACAUUGCCACCACAAUGAGGAUUACAAAACCCUCUAUGCCGCAGCCUUCCAGCAGAGGCUACGUCUUGCGUUCAGCAGGGAGGGUAAAGACCUUUAUAAUGAUGUCUUUGAUCACGGGUGCGACGCUGGUACGCCACUGAGUUUCAACCUCGAGAAAACUGGAUGUCGGUGGAUGAUGCAGUGUAGGCUUGAUAGACUUCACACCUUCGCCAAAGGGAUUUGGGAGAGGAAGUUCGGAAGAUUGGCAGAGUCGAAUUACUAA